UUUCUUUUAACAAAAGGAAUUUAUGAUGAAUACCAUUCAGCGUAUGCUAUUUGUUCAUAGCUAUUUAUUUAGUUUACGACACGAAGUAGAACAAAUGGAAUUUAUGGGGACCUCAGCGGAAAAAAGAGACUUAUUCACUCCGAGUUUAAAAGAUGUUGCAACCGAAUUAAAUAAUCGUUUAACAUUAUACUUCAAGACGGUUGAUGUUGAUGUGGUGGAAUGUCCUGAUUUACAUCAACCACCUUAUUGUUUUGCGGCACGAGGAUUAUGCGGACAGCCUAUGUUGGUUGAAGUUGGUGGCCCAACAUAUCUAAUACCGAAAGUAGAUAGAAGUAAAGUGUAUGAUUUCUGUGACAUUCAGCGUGUGUUGAAUAUAAACCCUUGUUAUUUUAUGGGAGCGGGUGCUGGUCCGUUUCCAUACACAGAAGUUAACUGCGAGGGUAUUUACAAUGUAAUGAUUGAUGGUAGUGUCGUAAAACAACGAAGUAAAAUUUCCAAGAUUAAUGUAAAUAAUGGAACCUCAGAACAACAAGAUUUACCUAAUACCGAAACGAGGUUUGCGUUGUUGGCCAAUCUAUUUGUUUCUCAAGGUCUCCCUGGAGAAGUUUUAAAAAUUCAUGUGAAAGAACGCAUAGGUUGUCACGAUUUCAUUGCUAGCAUAAGAAAUUGCUUGAAAGAUGCUUAUUCCACUGCAGUAGUUGGUUUGGGAGGUGUUUUUCUAAUGAAAUCGGGUACAUUUCGACAACAUGUUAUGCCAGAUUUUGCAACAGAUGAGAUAAAAUCGGAAGAACAAUUAAAUGGUUGGUUACGUUUUUACAACAUGUCUGCACCACUAGUUGCAGUGGGCACUCUUGUAACGGGCGAUAUGGAUUUGGAUUUACGAUUACAACAUUUUCAUAGUUCAAGCGAUCAUAAUGAAGCUGGACAUUAUCACAAUGAUAUUACACCGGAAACGGUUGAGUAUUUAGCUUAUUUUAAUAUCGCUAAUUCAGUGGUAAGAAUUGAUAAACCCAAAGAUUCUCAUGAUAUGGGAAGAGACUAAUCCAGAACUGCACAGAAUGAGUAUCAAAAAUUACCUAAAUUUUGAUUCUUAUUGAUUGUAUAAAUAUAAUCUAUUUUUUUAGUAAGCUUAACAUUAUAUUCUUGGUGAUGGAUAACCAAAAAUUAUUUGUUUUUUAAAUAAAUCAUUAAAAGAG